CCUUUCGGUCCGUUGGGACGUUCAUCCACACAGAUCAACGAAUGCGUCCCCAACUCAAGAUCGCACAGUCACAUACAAGAAACGUCAUAGCUAAAGCUAUCGCCGCCACAUGGAACGGCAUAGGUCACACGACCAGCUGCUGGAUUUUUUUUUACAAUGGCUACGUUAACGCGGGAAGGCCGACAGAGCCACCCACCAGUCUGUACAACACCCCUUCAGAGCGUGCAGCUUUCUGGAGACGGACUGACCACAUCAUGUGUAUUAAAUCAAAAGUCCAACAAAUCCACCCUCAUCGCUGCAAAUGGUCGCAAAGCUUCAACUCCGAAGGCCCGCCGCACAGUAUCCUCGGCUGAGAUUGUCACAUUGAAGGGAUCGUCCCAUCUCACGCAGUCAAAAAGCGGCAUCGCUGCGCGAAGGAGGACGGCCGAGCUUCUGCGCUCUACCACACAGAAAUCAGCAUCGCCUCCAGAAGUCGACGCUCUCCCCACCCCACCUGCGCGACCUCCACGAUUACCAACAGCAUCGCUGUCUCAACGACAUCCUCGGCAAGCUCAUAUCAAAGAAACCACCUUUGACAGUCUCCAGGAGCUUCUAGAGCGAGCUGGCUACAGGGAAACGCGUGUCAUCACCCCUGAUCAGAAAAGGCUCGCCGCUGAACUGGCAGCGCGCGGCAGACGUGAGGAGGACGAGGCGAUACACGCUCUAACCGCCAUGGAACAGCGACGCCAAGGCAGCUUCAGCGGACGAAGUGCCGCGGAGGGAGCUGCUCGAGGACCGAUACCCGGCUCUUGGUCAGCCUCCAGCGCUGCGAGCUCUACCUCCAUCUGGAACUGGAUGGGCACCGGCAGGGCGACAAAGCAAGUGGAAGCCGAAGAGGCAGCACUGAUGUCUCCUGUCGGGAGCGCCGCAAGCUGGAUUUCGAGUGUGACGGCACUUUGGCCUCCCAGCGCGGACCAACCUGGCGGGACGACCAGCAGCGAUUGGCUGGUGAGAUUUCCACAUGGCGAUGACGAUCAGGCGGCGAUAGAAGCCGUUGCACCAAUACGCAUCGAGAGGCCAUCGCCCAAGAGGCACCUCCGCAAGAGCAAGAGCACCAUCACGCAUGCUGCUGCUACGGAGCGAGCGGAAUCGAUCCUACCGUCGAUUGUCCUCACUUCUGCAGCUGAAGGGUUUUCAGCGACAAUCACAGCCCAAACAACCAACGAUGACGGUGGCGCGAUACGGCUCAGCCCCUCUCUUGCAACUUCCAAGCGGCCGCUGCUGCGAAAGCGAAGGAGCAAGAAUGACCUCUGGCAAGCAAGUCUAGCGUUGCGUGACGCGAGUGGAACAGCAUGCAGCAGCAAAUCUUUGCUGUCGCGGUCCAUCGUUCAGGUCGGCAUUGGCAGUGCAGAGAUGGCAUCUACGACAUUGUCUGCAAGGCUUCUGUCCGGCGCGCCCAUUCAGAGGCGCAGUUCGAUCGAUGCCUUUGGGCAGGCGCAGCCGACUAUGCGCGAGUCAAUGUCGGUUGCCGCGGACAUAUCAUCGGGCGAGGCGAGUCCCGAGGGAUGGCGUAACAGUCUCUCUUCACUGUCCAGAGCAAGCGGGCAGUCUCUUGAUCCUCCCGUCCAAGAGGCCGCGGUUCCCGCGCUUCUGGUCUCGGCGCCCGCACAGCCUCUCCUCUCAUCUGAAGUUGCAGUGGCACCGCGCAAUGCCGGAUGCUUGCGGCCAGCGAGCCUCCGUAAAGCAUACAGCAUUGAGGUGCUCCGAGCGGCGUUGCAAGGCGACUCGCCGGGAUCGCGAAUUGCGUCUACCUCGACCGCACAAGCGCAGGCACACGCGAGCACAAGCGGCCUCACACCAUCAAGCAGCGCAGGCUCGAUCACGCCUGCUGCAAUGGCUGCGCCUGUGCUAACCAUCACCACUCCCAGCGGCACGGACUCGCCGCAAACGCUGCCACUGGUCGGCGCGGAAUUCGAGCCGCUCUCGUUGGAGCACUCGCGCAGCGUAAUGUCGCAUAUCAGCGACGUUCUCGACGCUGCCGGAGGCGACACGCCGCUACCCGCUGCAGAGAGACGAUUUUCUUCUUCUGCAACGCGGCAAAAGGCGCGCCGAUCGCCCGCCGCGAGGCCUGCACAAGAUGCAGCCAGCAUCAGCUCACAAGGCUCUGUUCUCGCCGAGCAGACCAACACCGUCUUGGACAGCAGCAAGCGAACGCGACGCGCCCUUGUCGGCACGCCGGACUCCCCAUUCAGCAAGUCUUCGCAACCGCACAAAGCUGUGAGGACGUCGUCAGUCGCGGAGCCAGUUAAGCUUGGGAUGAAAGGACAAGCGACACCGCCGCGCCGCACGCGCCACAGCUCGAACGAGUCCCCCACAUCUGUCGUCGCACAGUCCAGGUCGUUGCGGCGCACAGGCGUCUCCUUGGCUCUUCGCGACCACGUUGCACAUGCUGCUCUCCCGGCACUGGCAUCCCCCACUAAGCGACCACUCAAGCGCUGAGUGCCGAGAGCCUUUCUUGUUUCCCCUCAACCCAGCCAAGCAUUCACCAUCAUUUUUCUUUGCAUUUAGUCUUUCCCACUUGAUCCAAGUAGUCAGCCAUUCGUGAGACGUGCAAUCGAUCGAAUCGA